AUGGAGUUUGAAGAAGAAGAAGUGUCUGAACCAGUGAGUCCUAUUGCACAAUACUUCAACAGCUCAGUGUUAUCUCUUACUAUCAUCGGUGUUUUGGAGAUUGCAGUCCCAUUCGAUGACUCACAAACCAUUUCAUUGCUCAAAAAUGUGUUCUUACCCAUCAAUCCUCGGUUCUCCUCCAUCAUGGUCAGAGAUGACGAUGGAGAAAAGAAAUGGAAGCGGGUUGAAGUGAACCUUAAAGACCAUCUUAUUUACCCAAAUUUCCCUCAAGGAAUGUCACCAGAAUUUUAUGACGAGUACUUGGCUGACUACUUAACAAAAAUAGGCAUGGAUCAAUUACCACAAACUAGACCAUUGUGGGAAAUUCACAUAGUUAAGUACCCAACAAGCAGUGCAGCAGGGAAUGUGAUAUUCAAACUUCACCAUGCUCUGGGUGAUGGCUAUUCUCUCAUAGGAGCUCUUCUUUCUUGUAUGCAAAGAGCUGACAAUCCUUCUCUUCCCUUGACGUUCCCUUCGCGUCAAUCGAGCUCCAAACCUAAACGUGAUAGCGUCAACAUUUUCAGACGUGUACCGCGAAUUUUAUCUGGUAUGAUCAACACUGUAUCAGAUUUUGGAUGGAGCAUCUUGAAGAGCAGCGUUGUAGAAGAUGAUCGGACACCAAUCAAAUCCGGAGAUGAAGGGGUUCAGUUCCGCCCUGUCAAUAUAACUACCAUGACAUUCUCUCUUGAUCACUUAAAGCAAAUUAAGGCCAACCUUGGUGUGACGAUAAAUGACGUGAUUACCGGAAUAAUCUUCCUUGGAACUCGAUUAUACAUGCAAGCAACAAGCCAUGAGUUGGGUGAUGCAGAGUCUACUGCACUGGUGCUGCUCAACACCAGAGCCGUGGCAGGUUACAAGUCAAUAAGUGAAAUGCUUAAACCUGAUUCUGAGAUGCCAUGGGGGAACAAUUUCGGAUUCCUGCACAUUCCUAUACCCAAGUUAAGUGUUGCUGAAUCUUCAGACCCUCUCAGCUUUAUUCUCNGUUGGAGCAGGUCAGAGAUGACGAUGGAGAAAAGAAAUGGAAGCGGGUUGAAGUGA